ACACAAAGGAAGGUAGUACAAAGAAACUCUGCUUAAUGUGGUUCCUUUAUUCUCCAUCAUACAUAUACAGGAGAGCGCGACGGAACUAUCAUCUCUCCUCUCCUCUUCCCUCCCAUACCAAGCUUGCUUGACUCCUCGUUUAUUUCUUUCUCAUCGCGUUGACCGUGAUCAUGAACUCGACCUACAGCCGCUUCCAAUUUCCAGAAGACGCACAAAUAUCUCGUGUUCCCCGUGUACGGGAGAUAAUGAUUCUAGACCUAAACCUCCAGCGUCUCAAGAAGGCCAUGGAGGAGCUUAAUGCCUACUGCGACAAUUUCACGACCCCAUCCCACUCUUCUGACUCUUCAUCGCUCUCCGGAGAGCCUUCCACUCCUUUUCACGACGACGAAGUUAUGACCGAUAUCACAGACAGCGACGAUUUGUUCGAUGUACGCUCUUCUGUCUCUUCUAACGAUACCACGUACUACACCCCCGAAACAUCCCCCAUCCUGACCUCGUUUCACACAUAUGAUAAUGAUGAUGAUUCCAUAUUCGAUACCUUUCUCCCCGACACACCUGACGCGUUCGACAUCCCCGCAUUCGAAUUCGACCCUCUUACUGAGGAUGUCCAUGAUAUUCUGGAAGAACGGUCUCGAUAUGAUGGAUGGAAACAGCUCGCCAACAAGCUCAACCUCGAGUUAUUUCGGGAUGACUUCUUGCGUUAUCACUCCGGUCCUCGGCGUAGAGUGGUCACCAGACAUCCAUGUUAUACGCAUUGGGCACACGCGAAGCAAGCGGAAUACGUGUUGCCUAUGAGGGAUGGGGACACGGAUGUGGGUGAUGGCUUACGUGGUUUAGCAUAUCCACAGAGAGCCUUGGUGGACCAGGUAAACAUUUACGAUAACUCUGCACCGUGGUUGAUUUUGGCGACAUUCCCUUACAACGGUCAUUAUUUUCUUCGUGUUU